AUGGCGGACCGAUCUCCGACAGAAGUGAAGCCAAAAUGCACCCCCGCGGAGCUCAUGCUGAAGGUGAUUUUGAUGGGAACACUGAGCCACUACGAAACGCGGGGCAUGAUUGACGACAAACGUUUGGACCACAUGCUCUCUGCUGGAAAGCAGAUCUUGUACAAGACACACCAAGAGAGCGACGUUAGACAUGGCCUGGGACUGUCCCCGGACAUCUGGCAAGGCCUCACCGAUGUAUUUACGAAAGCAAUCCCCGUCCUCGAGUCUCAGUCAUUCAUCUGGAAAUGCCCGCCGGCUGCGAACUACGAACACUCCUCCUCCAACCUCAUAGCCUAUAAUUACUUUUCGCUUGUCAAGGAUAUCGAACGUCUCAAUGACCUUUGCACAAUCGCCCGGAAUUUGUUAGCGACAACGAAAAAGGCACAGAAUAUGGCUGCCGAGAAAGGGUUCGAUCAAAGAGUUUUGGCUUUGGUAGACACUUGUGUUCGUGUUACAGCGCGGGGCUUCGACGGAGAGACAAACGCGAGAAACGAGGAACGCUGGCAAAAAGUGGUCAAUCUCUACAAGCGGCUUCUGAUUACAUGUCUUCAAUUCUUGCAUAACUUUAUUAUGCACAAUGAACAGCGCAAGAUGGUUCUUUGGUUGGACCUUUUCGGGUACCACUCCACUGGAGAUUCCAACAUCAUUCAGCCCAAGGAACCGCUCGAUCAGGCCAGCAGCCAGCCGGAGGGAUUAGCACCGGUAGUCAAGACUGGUGAAAGGAUAGUCAAUCCUCCUAUUCGAGCGCUCUAUGAUCAGACCGCCGAGGAUCUUCUGCUCGAGACGAUAUCCAAUUUUCCCCGCGAACCCGCGACUAUCAAGGAGGAAGCGGCCAUGCUAUUACUCGCAAACAUCAAAGACCACAUGGAGAAGCUUUUGGGCCGUGAUUUGACGGCGAUUCAGGAAAUGGGAAAAGACCCGGAUCAGGUCAAAGAGAUCCGUGCUGCUCUUACCGCCAUCCUGGGUGCUAAAGUGGAUGGGUGGUCCGACCUUCAGGAUAGAGCAAAGGAUCUUCCACCUGCGCUUCCGGACGAUGAACCUCCUCGGAAGAAGGCGAUCCUUACAAUCGACCGCAGUCCGACCGCAGGAUUUCCGCGCAUUUGCUGGUCGGAUCUUCCAGACCUUAACGAAUACGGCGCAUUCGCUGCGGGUGAUGCUCCUUUCGCGGAGGAAGACACAAGCAUGCCAAGAUCGGCUCAAUCGGCAGCCGAGACUCUUCAGGAAGCAAAGGACGAGUUAAUGGCACGGCUGCAGGAGAGCUCGCAGCUCGGUGAUGGUGGAGAACAUGACUAUGAUGCAGGCGACGCAGGAACUGUUGGCGACGACGACUCGCGGAGCCUUGAAGCAGUUGCUGAUGGGAGCGUGGACGAAGAGGAGGAAGACGACGAUGAGGACGAUGACGAUUAUCGUGGGCGUCCCGGUGACCAGCAGCGCGGCUUGCUGACCGAUAUUCCCCUCGUGCUGGGCCCUGCCGAAAUUGAAGCCUUGCCUAUGAUUAUCCAGGCUGGUAUUGUCGACAGCUUUGGUCUGAAAGGCGGCGAAAGGACUGGAUCGCGAAACAUGCAAGCUCUCAGAUGCCACGUUCUUCUCACACAGGAGACAGGCCGGAAUCUAUUGCGGGAGCUUCUGAUAUUUAUCGCUGCAUGGGAUCUCCCUGACGACGAGCUCUACUUUAAGAUGAUGGUUCAAAUCAUGGAUGCAGUCCUGAAGAACGGACUCAUGUCUCACGCUUACUCGGACUUCGGCCAGCCUAAGGAUAUCAUCUCCCCAGCACAGGCCGUCGUAGUAAAAAUCCUCACACAUAUCUUCAGAGCCAAGUACUCCCCCGCUUCAGUCACUGGUUCGGGUUCGGGCCAGGCCAACGCAGCGAAGAGCCCAGGACCACUUUCCCGAGUCGACGUUCUCACAGUUCGCUACAUGUUCACAAUCUUUCGCGGCAACAUCAUUCCCGAGACAUGCGCCCUAAUCUAUCUCCAGGGCCAGAUCCGAGCUGGACGAGCACUUCCCGAGGACUUUCCUCUGAACUUAUGGGAUAUGGAACGUGUAUACGAGGGUGUUUACCAAUUCCUAGAAUUUUUCGCGGUUCUGACAGAGAACAACGACUGGAAGAACCUCCUAGUCAAAUGGGAGAUUGUCUACGACCUAGUGACAUUGAUCAAGGAGCUCGAAACGAGCAUUCCAAAGGGCCAGCUUAGCCAACUCAACCUUGGACGCAACAGCCCAUCCCAAGACCAACAAGAGAGCUCAAGCCCCGGUCCUAUCGCCGUCGAACGACCAUACGACCCUAGCGAACCAGACCCGACUGAGGGUGGCACCGUGUCAAGACCUGAGUCGCCACCCAUCACCGAGGACCCUUCUGAAUUCGAGUGGCGCAACUUGAAAAAGCUCGUCGUGCUUGUCCUUUCGUCUCUUGUGUGGAAGUGCCCCGAAGUGCAAGACCAGAUCCGGAAGCACGGUGGUGUCGAGACAAUUUUGUCGUGCACCAACUUUGAUGCGCACAACCCGUAUAUCAAGGAGCAUGCUGUGAUGUGUCUCAAGUUCUUGCUCGAGGGUAACCGCGAAAACCAGAAACUUAUCGAGGAGCUCGAGGCUCGAGAAGUAAGGGAUGACAACGGGAUGUUGGAGCAGAGAGGCCUUGAAGCUGUAAUUGAUAAGACGGGCAAGCUGGCUCUUCGACCACGAGAAGGCCCACCCGCACCCGAAAGGGAUUGA